AUGAACAAAGAAUCCAAUGAUCUUAUUCAGAAGGCAUUACCAAUAAAGAAAGGGGAUCCGGGAAGCUUUCACAUCCCCUGUGCUAUAGGAGACACCAUGAUUGAUAGAGGAUUCUGUGAUCUGGGAGCCAGCAUAAAUGUGAUGCCUCUGUCUUUCAUGAAGAGAUUGAAAAUCAAUGAGCUUAAGUCCACAGAUGUAAUGAUCCAAUUGGCUGACAAGAGUCAGAAGCAAGCUGAAAGAGUAGUCGAGAAUGUACUGGUCGAAGUGGGAAAUUACUUUCUCCCCACUGACUUUGUCGUUAUCGAAAUGGAAGAGAGCCAUCUUCACCCGAUCAUCUUAGGGAGACCAUUCUUGGCUACUAGUAAAGCACUCAUUGAUGUAGAACAAGGAGAGUUGUUACUGAGAAUACAUGAUGAGUAG